AUGAGAAUAAGUGAGGCUGUGGUAAUGGAUCAUUUAAAUCCAUAUCAAAGUAGACCUUUGGUGGUUUAUAUAAAGAUAUACCCAUGGGAUGAUCGUCAAACAAUCAACGUCGAUUCACAUACAACUAUUGGUGAGAUCACUGUCUUUUACAAACAAACUGGAAGAUCUAUGAAGAUAUCGGAUAUGGAGGAAUAUGCUUUAUUUAAACCAUUAGAAUCAUCAUCAUCGAUACUAUCUCAUAACAACAACAACACAAAUAGUAAUAGUAAUCAUGGUCAUUCUCAUGGUCAUUCUGAAUCAAAUAAUGAUCACUUGGUUGGUGACACUGAUAAUAAUAAUAAAAAUAGUUUAGAUAGUAAUAAUAAUAGUAGUAAUGAAAAGAGUAGUCAUAGAGUUAAGCUAAAGAGUAGUAGUGUUAUGUAUAAAAAGAGAGUUAGAUUGGCUAAUGAUCAAUGCUUGAUGAGUUAUAACAUUGGCAAUGGAGAGUAUCUCGACUUGCGACAAGUCGAUCAGUUGGAAACUUCCGUACCAAGAUGGUUCUACAAGACGAUCGUACCUUCGAAUCAGCUGGAAACACUACUACGUGAGAACGUUCCACAUUCCAGAAGUAACUCGAUCACUGAGAUUGUCGAUAGUAUUAAAGCGAGUAGAACACUCACAAUUGGUUCACCUUCGCGUGGUGGCAGCGGUAAUAACCACAACAACGGACAGCCCGGCUCUGUCAUUCCGAUUGGUGGAAUCGGUCACGUCGGAAGUGGCUGGCAAUUCGCACUGCCAUCACAACACAAGCGGGUCUACGAUGUCGUUCACCGUAUUGAAAGCCAAUUUCCAUCGGCUUUGCCAAACUGCCAGCUGAUACACGCGCAUGAGGAUCGCUGGGAAGCCAAGAUCAACAGCUCGGAGGACGCUCACAUCAAGCGGUUGGCAAUGGACGAUUCCAUCACCCAGGAAACCGUCAAACAAGAAUACAUUGAAUUUGCACUGCGGUUUGAGAAGAGAACUGCACUGCUGCUCGGUGUUCAAUCGAGUCUACUCGUAUGGAUAGAACCGAUUCACAGUUAUUUUACAUUGUGUUUUAGUGAGAACAGUACUGUGCACGAUGCAAUAUGUUUUAUCGUUCAAUAUAUAUAUCCAACACAACAGCAACAGCAGCAACAACAACAACAACAAUCAUCAUCUACUGAUCCAAAUUCAUUUGGUCUUUAUCUACAGGAAUCGAGUGAUACACGUCCACUUCCGCUGCAACACAAACAACUACUGACAAACUGUAAACUCAACAAUCAAAAUCGUUUGGAAGAUUCAAUUUUCCUUUUCAAAGCGAAACAACAAAAGAAAAAGAGUGUAGAUUCUCACUCGGUGGUUACCACUGUUAAUCCUCUGACACUGUCACAGACCACUUUGAUAUUGGAUGGCGCAUCUGAAGAUAGCGAUGAUGAGGACGAAGGAUACAAUCUUACAGUGCUGUUCCCAUCUCAUCAAACCUACCGACAAUUCCACUUUAAUCCACAUAGAACUGUCAAUGAAAUCAUUCAAUCGAUUGUAUCGGCAACGACUCCACCACCAUCUAUCAUGUCUACAAGCACAUCAUCACUCUCACCUGCGCUCUCUUCUGACUACAGUGGAAACACUUCCUCCUCUUCCUCCUCCUCCUCAGGUAGCAAAGCCAACAGUCCAACACUAUCAUCGAACAGGAACAGCAUUUCAGCCAAACCAAUGGUAUCACCAACGAGUCCACUACUCGUUGAGCAAUCAAGUAUCACCAGUAUCAAUGCAAAGAGUAACACAAUCUUUGAGAACCAGAGUGAAUCCUCUGGAUUCUGCUUGUACUACCAAAAGAGUGGAUCCGGUGUCUGGAUGGAAGGUCACCGUACACUCAAAUCAUACAACCUGCCAAACGAAGCCGUCGUCGAAUUCAAACCGACACCGACCAUCUGCAAGAUGACAUUGGUCGAAGGUUUCAGAAAUACCAUCAAACUCUAUUGUAAUCUACAGACAUUCAUCGUUGUCUACGGACAAUACACCAUGAUCACCGACCUAAAACAACUACUCAUUGACAACUGCACAAGUACAACUGUGACCACCAAGGAUCUGGAAUCAUACGAACUAUUCUUGGUAAAGGGAACAGACUCUAUCGAUUGUAUUAAUAAUGUAGAAUCAUUCAAUGUAUUAAAUAUUGAUAAUCAUAUUGAUAUUUUGGAAUUUAAACCAUCUAAUAACUCAACGGUUAUGAAAGAUUUAGAGCUGUUUGCAGGUGCCAGAAUUCCAAUUACUAUUGCAGGUGAAUCUAUUGAGAAUAGAACUACAUGUGAUCGUUAUGUCCAAGGUCAAAUGAAGAAAGGUACACUCUAUCUAACGAAUUACCGUGUGAUUUUCGAAGCUUUGAACCGCUCUUCCUAUGAUGACUUUGGUACCAAAGACGAUUGUGAUAUUCCGAUUACCUCGAUAUCAAAGUUGAAGCAUCUCAAUAACAAUCAGACAGAGAUAACCUGUAAGGAUUUCCGUGUAUGUGUAUUCUCACUGAACAAUCCAUCGAUUUGGGAAAAGAUAAAGAAUCGAUUGGAGAGCUACGAAGUCACCGAUUUGUUUGCAUUUGCAAAUGCUGAACCCUACGACCCAUCGUUGGACACCAUCUACAACGUCGAAGAUGAAUUCCUUCGUCUUCAAUUCCCGGUCGACAACUGGCGUAUCACCUACGCCAACAGAGACUACAGUCUAUGUCCGACCUACCCAUCGUUGUUUGUCGUACCGGUGACCGUAACCGAUGACGAUUUGAAAAAGAUUUCGCUGUUCCGUGAAAAGGGUCGUGUGCCAGCCAUCUGUUGGAUUCACAAGACACAUAAAUCCACGAUUACACGUUGCAGUCAGCCAAGAGUCGGUAUCUUCAAAUCGAAAUGCAAUGAAGAUGAAGAGUAUUUGAAUAUCAUAACUCGCUCCAACACCAAUUCACCUGUACUCUACGUUAUGGAUUCACGUCCAAUGGCAAAUGCAAAGGCCAACACACUACUUGGAAAAGGUCACGAAGAUACCAGUCUCUAUCAGAACGUGGAACUCCAAUUCCUUGGCAUCGGUAAUAUCCAUGUAAUGAGAGAUAGCUACAAGAAACUGUAUAACCUGAUUCAGUUACCAGAGACGUCGAAUUGGUUGUCGAUGCUCGAUGGAACACAAUGGUUGGAGCACAUCUAUCAGAUCAUCAACUCUGCCAACAUCGUGGUGGAAAUGGUUGACAAGAAAGGAUCUUCGGUUUUGACACACUGUAGCGACGGUUGGGACAGAACCAGUCAGUUGGUAGCACUUUCACAACUGCUUUUGGAUCCAUACUACCGAACCUACCGUGGAUUCCAAGUACUCAUAGAGAAGGAAUGGUUGAGUUUUGGUCAUCAAUUCACUCAUCGUUGCGCACAUGUUCACCAUGAAAAGAAUGACGAAGAGUUCUCACCUAUAUUUUUAAUGUUUAUCGAUGCCGUUUGGCAACUAACCAACUUGUUCCCAACUACAUUCCAGUUUAAUGAAAAAUUCUUAAUUACAAUUUUAGAAUCUGUAUAUAACUGUAGAUAUGGUACCUUUUUAUUCAAUCAUCAAAAAGAACGUGUUUUAUACACAAAGAGAAAUGGAGGUCUUGCUAGUUUGUGGAUGUAUCUCAAUUCAAACGAAAUCGAAUUUACCAAUUACUUCUUCAUUGACGAUCCAAAACCAAUCUUUCACAACUUUUUCCUUUCAGACAUUCAAUUUUGGAACAACUAUUACUUUAGAUAUAAAGAAAACUACAAGCAAAGAGUUGUUAUAAAUGAAUCAAUUGUGAAAUUAGUUGGAAAGAAUAGAAAGGAAGAUAAUUAA